UUCACAUUAUUGUGAAGUGGGUCAAAGGUCACAGAGUGCAGGCAACAUGGCGGCAGGUUUGUUGUGGAGGAAAGUUUCAGGAGCAGCAAGGACUCCGGUUCAAAGGGCCUGGUUCCACAGGUCCUCAGCUCUUCCUCAGUCUGGGGCUCCUCCUCUUCCUCAGUCGUCCUUCUUCCCGUCUGUCGAUGGUGUCAUGCUGCCACCAGGAACUUUCACCAACAGGGUGGCUUUCAUUACCGGGGGCGGGACUGGACUGGGCCGUGCCAUGACAACAACUCUGUCACACCUUGGAGCUCAGUGCAUCAUCGCCAGCAGAAAGGUGGAUGUUCUGCAGCAGACAGCUGAAGAGAUCAGCAAGGCGACUGGAAACAAGGUUCAUGCGGUUCAGUGUGAUGUGAGAGAUCCUCAGGCAGUUUCCCAAUGCGUUAAUCAGAUGGAGGAGAUGGCAGGACUUCCUGAUAUCGUCAUCAACAAUGCAGCAGGAAACUUUGUGUGUCCGUCAGAACGUCUGUCCCCGAAUGGUUGGAAGAGCAUCACUGAUAUCGUCUUGAAUGGAACAGCGUUUGUCACCUUGGAGCUAGGAAAGAGGCUCAUCCAGAAACAGAAAGGUGCAGCCUUCCUGGCCAUCACCACCAUUUAUGCUGAGUCCGGUUCUGGAUUUGUUGUUCCCAGUGCAUCGGCAAAGGCUGGAGUGGAAGCUCUCUACAAGUCUCUGGCUGCAGAGUGGGGACGUUACGGCCUCAGAUUUAACAUCAUCCAGCCUGGACCCAUUAGAACCAAGGGGGCGUUUAGUCGUCUGGAUCCAACUGGAGCCUUCGAGAAAGGCAUGAUCAGUCGAAUACCAGUUGGUCGACUUGGAAAACCUGAAGAGAUUGCAAACCUGGCAGCAUAUAUGAGCAGCGACUACGCCACCUGGAUGUCUGGAGCUGUGAUUCGGUUUGAUGGAGGAGAAUAUGUGUCAAUGGCUGGAGAAUUUAAUGACCUGCGCAGGGUGACUCCAGAGCAGUGGAAGAUGAUGGAGGCCAUGAUCAGAAGCACUAAAGGGUCCUGAAAACACUCAGCCAAUUAGCUCUCCUUGAAAUGUCCUCCCAGCAGGGGUGCCCGUCCACCUGAGCUGAGAUAACCAAUCACAUUGAGGCCUGAUAUUAAAGACGAUUGUACGUUUUCACUUAGAGAAACAUUUUAACAUGUUAAAUGAAAUACAGGAUUUAUGUUGGUUUUAAUGUUUAUGUUCUAUAAAUUACCAUGUCUGUCACUUUAUUGAUAGAUGAUUAUUUUCUGAUUUAUGCAUAGUUUUGUUUUGUUUUUUUCACAAUAAAUGUUUCAUAUGAAGAC